AUGGACGGCGACGAGCUCCCUUUCGAGAUGGGAAUUCAGGUUUACGCUAAGGGAACUAAUAAGUUCGAGUUUGACCCAGUUUUACUGGAUUCUGGUUACGAUCCUAUCUGGGAUGCUAUUAGAGAAGAAGCUAAGCUUGAGGCAGAAAAGGAGCCUAUUUUGAGUAGCUUCUUGUAUGCUGGCAUCUUAGCACAUGAAUGUUUAGAGCAAGCUUUAGGGUUUGUUCUGGCCAACCGUCUCCAAAACCCAACCUUGUUGGCAACUCAACUCUUGGAUAUAUUUAAUGGUGUUAUGUUGCAUGACAAAGGUAUUCAGAGUUCUAUUCGCCAUGAUAUUCAGGCAUUUAAAGACAGGGACCCUGCUUGUCUGUCGUAUAGUUCUGCUAUUUUACAUCUGAAGGGCUAUCAUGCGUUGCAAGCAUACAGGGUUGCACAUAAGUUGUGGAGCCAAGGGCGGAAACUAUUAGCUCUUGCAUUGCAAAGCCGAAUAAGUGAGGUAGUAUUUGUUAUCAUUUCGGCAAAAAUUGGGGAGGGUAUAUUGCUGGAUCAUGGCACUGGUGUGGUGAUAGGCGAGACCGCUGUGAUAGGCAACCGUGUCUCGAUAUUGCAUGGUGUGACUUUAGGAGGAACCGGGAAGGAAACCGGUGACCGUCACCCAAAAAUAGGCGAAGGUGCAUUGCUUGGAGCCUGUGUGACUAUACUUGGAAACAUAAGCAUAGGUGUUGGGGCAAUGGUAGCUGCAGGUUCACUUGUUUUAAAGGACGUUCCUCCGCAUAGUGUGGUGGCUGGAAAUCCUGCAAAACUGAUCAGGGUCAUUGAUGAGCAAGACCCGUCUCUGGCUAUGAAAUAUGAUGCUACUAAAGACUUCUUUCGACAUGUAGCUGAUGGUUACAAAGCGGCAAUAUCCAACGGACCAUCAGUUUCAUCAGGAGAUACAGAGAAAGGACUCACUAACAGCACAACAUGA